UUUUUUUUCAGCCUUUCCGAAUGGCAGGAAUGUUGUAAUGGCUCUCGACACGAUAUUGACUUCAAUUGCGAUAUAGUUCUGACCGCCUUCUCUUCAUGCAACAAACUUCUCGACAACCUCAUCAUCGAGGUACUCGUCUGGUUCGUUGGACUCUCGUCCUUCAUUGGAAACACAUCCGUGCUGUUACUGCGAUCACGAGUCAUCUGCUCGAAGGCAUCACGCAUCAGCCGCAUCAACGCCAUCAUGAUCCUUAGCUUGGCAUCUGCGGAUAUCCUCAAUGGCAUAUAUCUCCUCAUCAUAGGUGCUGUGAACGCGAAAUUCGGUAAGAACUACUACUUCUUUGCGGAUGAGUGGCUUGAAAGUCCACUCUGUCAAAUAGCUGGCUUCUUAGCCACACUGUCCGGUCAGACAUCUGUAUUAAUGUUAACUGUGAUCAGCAUUGAACGCAUGUUGGCCAUCGUUUUCCCGUUCAGGUUAAACCUCCGCAUGGGCACCAAAGUAACAUGGGUAAUUGUUCUAGUUGUUUGGUCUGUAUCAAUCAUUAUCUGCUCCAUCCCGUUCAUGUUUCCUGAGAGCUUCACUGGUUUCUAUGGCAACUCGGAUGUCUGUAUAGGACUUCCGGUCGGGCUCUACAUCUACGCUGUUCCAGGAGGAGGUGAAGCGGGUGAGAUGGAGAUCGAAGGGUCUUCGUGGUACUUCGGCAUCGCCAUCUACGUCGGGAUCAACAUCCUCUGCUUACUCGUCAUCCUUAUCUGCUACGUAAUCAUUUUCGUCACGGUGAAGCGUUCCGGGCGAAAUGUCAAGAACACUAAGAACAGCACGCAGGAAAUUCAGUUGGCGGGAAGAAUGUCUCUGAUCGUGUGCACCGACUUCGCAGCCUGGUUUCCCAUCGUUACCAUGUUCAUCUUGGUAAUCGCACGAGCUUGGGAUAUGCCUGCCACUCUUUAUGCUUUCGUCGUUGCCAUUCUACUGCCAAUCAACUCAGCGUUAAAUCCCUACAUCUAUACUGUAACUCAAAUAAUUUCAAAGAGAAGGAGACGACUAGGAAAGAGUUCAAACGGUGCAGGAUCUAGUGGGAUGUCGUUAGAUAAACUGACUUAACUUUUCUUUUUAAUUUAGGCAGGGUUGGCACGUUUUAAACGGUGUGUUUUAAAACAUGUUUCAAAAUGCGUUUAAAACACCCGUGUUUUUUUUUUUUUUUUUUUUUUUUUUUACAACAAAACGUGUUUUAAAACACCUCAUAAACUUGUGUGUUGUAAAUUUGCAUGGAUGUGAUUUUAGAUGAAUGUUUUAUUUCAAUACUUUUAUUUCUUAAGUGGUGUAUUAUUUUCUUCUAACUUACUAAAACUCGUUCUCAACACCACUCUUUUUCUCCUCUUUCUCUUCUCCCUUACUCUCCCUUUCUCCAUCGUUUUUUCAUGUUCCUUUCCUCCUUUUCAAUUGUGCACAUCAAUCCAUUAAGAAUAUUCUCAUUCAAACAUAUCUGAGUGGUGUGCUAAUUUUUUGGACAGGGAAAGAAAACACUAUUUAAAACAAGCUCAAAUACAUGUAAUAGUAGUACUUGAAUGAAAUGGAAGUGUUGCACAAGCAUAAUAAUAUUUUACAAAUAGACUGUAAAACUGACAUCGUACUCUUAAGGUAUACACGAAAGCAGGUGAAACUUUGUGCUUUGUAAUUAUGAAGAAAAGUACUAGACAGUAUAAGAUAAUCAGCGAGCAAACCUUAAAGGACAAGUCCAUCCCAAUAAAAAGUUAAAUUGAGUAAAAUAAGAGAAAAAUCCAGCUAGCAUAAUGCUGAAAAUUUCAUCAAAAUCGGAUGUAAAAUAAGAAAGUUACUGAUAUUUCGCUUAAUUUCGCAAAAUAGUUAAUAUGCACAUCCUGGUCAGUAUGCAAAUGAGGGGACUGGUGAAAUCACUCACUCAAUAUUUCUUUGUAUUUCAUUAUUUUCUCCUCAUUGUCAUGUGAAAUAAAGUUAUUUUCCUCCCUGAACAUGUGGACCUAUCAUUGUUUUAAUAUUUUUUGGUUCAGUCAAGUUGGUCAUUAUUGUCAAAUCUGUAGAAAUGGAAAUAUUGUAGUUUUUUCAUUUAAACAAUAAAAAAGAAAAGAAAUUGUGAAUGAGGGGUAUCAUCGACUUUCAUGUGCAUACAACUGUUAUGUGAAAAAUAAGCGAAAUUUUAAAUCCAAUUUCGAUGAAAUUUUCAGAAUUAUGAUUGUUUGAUUUUUCUCUAUUGAUUCUUAUCAACAUUUUUCUGGGGUGGACUUGGCUUUUAAUCCUAACAAUCCCAGGGGACCUUAAUGGCCCCCUCAAAACUUUCUAUGAUAAAUCCAUUAACAUGAUGACAGGGGUGGGCCAUAUCGUUCAAUAAUACUGUUUGGAUGCAUGCAUGGGUAUGCGGUUAUGAUAUUACACAACAAGUGCAUGUCAGACCCCGAAUUGUUCAAAAACAUGGUUUCAUGUGUAAAGUCAAUGCAAAUCACGCCAAAAUAUGUAUAUGUAUCAUUAUUUGUAUUUUUGGUAAUAUUGGAAAAUUGUUGCCAAUAAUUCCCAUUAAAAACAUAAAAAAGUAUUUAAAAAAAGUGUACAUAAGAAAUAUUAAAAAAAAAACAGUGAAAACAAGCAUUAAAAAACAUUUUAUACUGAUUUCUUUUUAAACUAAUAUGCAUUUGAUCAGAAUUCCUCGAUUAAAAAAAAAGCAGUUCAAGGGCUUUAUUUAUAUAGAUUAAAUUUUAAACUCAAAUUUAUUUUGUAUUUCAUUCAUGCACUAAAAUUGGCAAAUGGAUUCAAAUGAAAUAAAGCAUAUUGAUUUAAUGAAAUUAAGCUUUGAAACCCCAUAGUUUAUAGAUUAUGUAAUUUUCUUCCAUUGUGCAAAUUCUUCUCGCCGCCCCCUCCCCUAGAUUGACAAGACUCAAAAUACCCCGGAACUACAAGUAUAUGUACAUGUAUGAGGAAUAAACUUAUAAAAUGUCAACUUAUUUUUAGUUUUCUUUGGGGGGUAUUUCAUUUCCAUGAUUUAGUCAUUUGGGGGAAAUAUUAAUUUUUCUGUUGGAAAUUCAGUACCAAAAAAUUGUAGCCAUCUCUUACUUACUCCCAAAAUUUAUUCAAAACAUCAAGAGCUUAAAUCAUACAUAUUAAGGUAUAGUUUAAUUGAUUUACAGAAAAUUGCAUAAUUCGUUGGAAAAAAAAAACGUUUUGUUUUAAAACGACUUAAAACGUUUUAGAACAAUAAAAAACGUUUUAUUUGUUUUUUUUUUGAUAAAAAAGGUUAAUUUUUUUAAAUAAAAAACGUUUUUUUACAACCCUGAUUUAUCGGUCUCUUAACUUUUAAAGAUAGGCAAUUUGACCAAAAUCAUCUUAAUGUUGGGGUGAACCCCCUUUUUUAUUGCCAAAUUCUCUUCCGAACCACGUAGCACACCAUCUUCCAAAAUCGUCCAACCCCCAGAAUGCCAUCUCCAAUCGCUCACGAGGAUGUAUUAUUGGUUAUAAACUGUCUAAAGUUUUGAAGUUCAAUAAUGUGAUUUAUUUUGAGUGUCAGCGAACAUUGCAAUCUUACAAAUGAUAGGUUGUGACCAUUGACAUAUGGGGGGGGGGGGGGGGUACGUGCCUCUGUACCCUUCGUAUAUAUGCUAUUGGUGCCAGAGACCAGAAUGUUUUCCCCUUCAAACAUAAUUACCAGAAUUACGGAUUCAAUAAGUGAGAAUAAACUAUAUAGAAAGAAUACAACUUUUCCACUGAAGGAGGAUUUCAAAGCACAUGAGUAGAACGAAUCUGUCGAUGUCACAUGAGUUUGGGUCAUGCAGUAUCAAUUUGAUUAUUUUCUUAGCUUCGAUAAAAUCCCCCAAAAGCACCAACAGAAAGUGGAUUUCAUUAUUUCCUUUCUAUUUGUCAGCAUAAACUGUUGUUGUAUAUAAUGUCCCGUAUACUCGGAAGCGGGUGGUGUUAGGUAUGUCACGAACAAACCGGUUAUUAAAAUAAUGGUUUCACAAUCAUUUCAA